AUCUAUGGCAAAGGCGGGCAUAGUUGCGCUUCUUUUCACGGUUCUGGUCGCCGCCGCCGCCACUCCUCCGGCAGCGCGCGGUGUUUCUUUGGGGCCGAAGGCGGUGGAUCAGUGGUUCAAGCAGCUUCCCAAUGCGAAAGAAAAGAUCACAAAGCUGCAUUUCUACUAUCACGACAUAGUUUCCGGCAAAAACCCAACGGCGUACCAAAUUGCUCAGUCCAAUAAUUUCACCGCCAAAUCGCCGACACGCUUCGGAGCUCUCUCUGUAAUGGACGACCUGUUGACGGAAACCCCAGAUCCGAACUCCGCCGUUGUUGGCCGUGCUCAGGGAACCUACGGUUUCGCCGCACUCUAUGAGGUUGGGCUGCUCAUGACGCUCAAUUUCUUCUUCACGCGGGGAGAGUAUAACGGUAGCACUCUCAGCGUGCUCGGCCGGAACCCCUAUUAUAAUGAGUACCGUGAGAUGCCCAUCGUCGGCGGCACCGGUGUUUUCCGGCUGGCGCGAGGCAUCGCCACCGCGCAAACUAAUUAUUUCAAUGUGACAUCUGAUAAUGCCAUUGUAGAGUACAACGUUGUUGUAUUGCAUUAUGAUAUACAAUAG